UUCGCUUCUGGCCUCUCCAAGCUGCGGCAGUUUCUUUCUCAGCCCCUUCCUCUUCCGCCUCCUCCGCCUCCAUUUCGCGCUCUCCGGAGUGGGCGACUGGAGCGCGCGUUGUUGUUCUUCUCUGUGCCGUUUGUCUGUCGGUGCGGGAGAUCCGUGGGCCUUGGGCGCCAUGUCCCGCUACACGCGGCCUCCCAACACUUCGCUGUUCGUCAGGAACGUGGCAGACGCCACGAGGCCUGAGGAUUUGCGCCGUGAGUUUGGUCGAUAUGGCCCUGUAGUAGACGUAUACGUUCCGCUUGACUUCUACACAAGACGCCCAAGAGGAUUUGCUUAUAUACAGUUUGAAGAUGUUCGUGAUGCAGAAGAUGCUCUGUAUAACCUCAAUAGAAAGUGGGUAUGUGGCCGGCAAAUUGAAAUACAGUUUGCACAAGGUGAUCGCAAAACACCAGGUCAGAUGAAAUCAAAAGAACGGCGCCAGGGUUCUCCAAUGGAUUACAGAAGAUCACGAAGUCGUAGUCGAAGAAGGACACGUAGCAGAAGUUCUUCAUGGGGAUGGAGCAGGAGACACUCUGACAGUUUUAAAGAGUCAAGGCGUAGACGGCAUUCUUACAGCCAAUCUAAGUCUCGUUCAAAAUCUCUUCCAAGGCAUUCCAGCUCACCAAGGCGAUCUGUCACGCCGCAGAGAAAUUCCAGAGGGAGAUCGCGGUCAAAGUCAACCCAGAGAAGCUCAAAAUAUGCAGAAAAAUCACCAAGUUCCCAUCGAAGACGGUCCAGCUCAAGGACAAAGUCCAGAUCACAUCCUAAGCGUUCAGGCUCACCUUCCAGGUCCCUAUCUAAAUCUCCACGGAAGCAUGUUAAUUCAAGUUCUCAUUCACAUUCUAGGAGUUUCUAUCAGCGAAAUAGUAACCAGUCAGUAUCUGAAGAAGAUUAAUUUUGCUGAUUCUUUAAUACAGUUAUAAUGAGCACAAAAAAAGUAGAACAAAAAUUGUCCAAAGCUUUUCCUGAAUUAUACGGUAAUUAUGUAUUUGUUUAAGAAAAUGUCUUACUUUAUUUUCCUUUUGACCCUUGCUUCAGAGUGCUACACUGUUUAAGCUGUCAUUUCUGUUAUUCUGUAGAACCAUUUGUCUGAUCUAGAUGCUCUUCACUUUACUGAGAGCUCAUUUCUGCACUCAGUUACAUCAUGAAACUCUAUAUCAAUGCAAGCUGGAGCCAUUUCCUGCUCUGAUGCAGUUUCAGCUGCUGCUGGAUCAAGAUUUUUAGGGGGAAUGGGUGGACUAUCUAGUGCUGUCCAGCUGAGCACUGAUUACAGAUUGUAUCAAGAGUUUCCCCUUGUGUUCAGUUGUAGAUAGAGCAGAGAUGUCUAACCGUGAUUUUCUUGCAUCACGUGUUACUUUUUUUUAACGUACUGCAGUACAAGCAAACUUGUGCUUCAAGAGCUACAGUUAAGAUAUAAAUAGCCUUUUGUUAAUACAGACCUAGAUUGGAUGAGGACAUUGUUUUCUUGAUAACAUAUUACUAGGAGGUUUUUUGGCAUUAUUUCGUGCCUGUUUUGUUGGAAUUGUGAAGACAUCCAAAUACUCAGACAUCACUGUAUGUGCUUCAGGCCUUUUUUUGUUCAAGUGAUGCAAUUCAGCCCUAAUAGGUGUAGAGUUUACAUUGCUGUUUCCAAAUGCAAGCUGGUUUAUAAUAGUUUCAGAUUAGAGAAAUAUGCAGUAGUGUUGGGAAUUUCUUGCAUAAUGUAGGGCAGGGAAAUUUUGCAUCUAUCUGACUAUCAGACUUAGUUUACUUUAAAAUAGAAAGAGAAAACUAGCAAAAGAAAUUACAUUCUGUUACAGUACUCUGUUUUUGUGGUUUGCCAUUUCCUGUUGAAAUGAAUGAUUACAGAAAGAGGCACUUAAACCUCAUUCCCUAACAUUAUACUCCUAAGCAGAGUUACAAUCUUCUCUAACCCCACUGAAUUUAAUUGAGUUAUAAGGAUGUAACUCACUUUAGGACCUCAGUGUAAGUGAUUAGAAAACUCUAAUGCCUGCUCAUCCGUGAAACUUUCUUCCAUGAAGUUCACUGAGGCACCUCAGUUUCACUGCCCUUUUCCAUUGCAUAAUUUAAUUUACUUAUUAGUUCCAAUAUCCAAUUGAAGAUUACAAAAAUUAGUUUGCCAUGUCAGAAGAAAUAGAUACAUUAUAAUUUUAGCUUUGGUUAUAAUUUUGCUUGCACAUCUAAUAAGGUGAAUUGAUCUUUUAAAAAAAUUAGAUUAUUAUAUGUCUUUGUGGCUUUAUCUCCCCCAACCAAUAAACAAAUGUAUACCACCUUACAAUUCCUUAGGCUAAUCUUUGGAAAAACAUUAGUUACAACUUUGAAUCUGCCAUCCUUUCCUAGUGUUGUUUUGGCAAGGGCUGCUUAUAUGGAUUUUGUAAGGGCUGCUUAUAUGGAUUUCUGGGUUUUACGCAGGAUCAGAAAGGAGGUAGGUGUGACAGAUCUUGAUUCUGUUGAGUAGGCUCUUAUGAACUGGAUGCUUUUCAGACCAUUAUAGAAAGAACAGGUCGUAUGCAUUGAACAUAAAAAAGAGGGAUUAUAUGUCAUUUUUUGAUACUUAAUGAGUUGUUAAAAUAUAUGAUUUUCAUGUGUGGUUGAAUGUUUUUGUAAAUCUAUGUCUUCGACAGUUAACUUGGUAGUGUAAACAACUUCAUUUUAUUAUAGUCUGUAUUUUCAAAAUAUUGUAUUAGGAGACCAAGGUAGAAGACACCUCUUUGAGGCAUUUUUAACUCUGAGCCCUUGAAACUAUUGAACAGUUGCAUAUCUGAACUUAAAAACAUUAUUACCUUGUUCAGUGCUAGUAACAGAGGAUAUUCUUUUUUUUCCAUUUUACACUAUUAUAUUUGUAUUGUAUAGUAAUGUUUUGGAAAUUAUUAUUUGUGUGUUAAAUGUAUGAUAGCUGUGAUGUCUAUUACAUGGCAUAAACACUGCAUUGUACUAAGUAAUUGUAGUGGCAGGAAAAUCACAUUUCACUUCAUGAGCAGUUACACAACAUUAUGUUGGAAGUGGUACUAUUGUUAUUUCAUAACUAAAACUAUUUUAAAUAAAAUACAGUCCUACUUUCACUUUAAAAAAGAA